AUGGAGAUAAAUUGCACUGAAACAGAAGAGGACGCUAUUAAUUUGGAUGAAGCUCAAAGUGGACCUGGAGAAAUAAUAACAGAAAGACAGAAUAGUAGACAAGAUAGAUGCCCUGAUAUGAAGUUGAGCAAUGCACAUGAAGAUGACACAGGAUCGAGUGAUGGACACAGCAUUGACCAUGAAUUUCCAAGGGAGAUAAAUUGCACUGAAACAGAAAAGGACGCUAUAAAUUAUACCCAGCUGCAAGAAAAAAAUAACAUUCAGAUUAAAGAAAAAUAUAAGAUAUUUGUACAGGACGAGAAAUCAAGAAAAACUAGAAAUUGUCGAGGCAGCAAGAGAAAACUGAUAAAAUUAAAUGUUGAUGUAUCUGACAAGGAGAAUACUAGUUUACCAAGGAAAAGAACUUGUUUGACAGUUGAAAAAGUGAAAAGAAAAUUAUUUGUGGAGAAUGAAACAGCAAGACAACAUGGGCUAUCUAUACAGAAUGUGCAGAAAUUACAAAAUGUUAACAAGAUGGAAAGAAUGCUGUCUUAUGUGCAGUCUGUAAGGUUGUCUAGAGAAAAAAGAAGAAUGACAGAACUGGACAAAAUUAAAAUGUUGCUAGGCGAAAUAUCUGAUGUAAAGCUAUACAUUGAAGCAAAGGAAAAAUGUGAGCGGUGUCCUGAUAAUACCUCAAUACAGGCGAAAAUGGAACAACACUAUAUUAAAUUACAAACAGUGGUUAGCAAGAAUCACAAUGAGAUCAGAGCCAAACUUGCUAUAUCUCCUAACAAUAAAUCCCUUCUGUUUAAAAAAAAAUUAGCAGAAACACUGAUGGACAAGUGGGGAUAUUUUUAUUGAUUUGAUCUAUUUAAAACAUGAUAAACUUAUAUUAAAAGCACUAGUAUGAAUUUGAGUGGACAAUGAAUUAAUUAUAGGAAAAUCCAGAGACAUGCAGGAAUCAGACAUACCCAACUAUCAGAACAGUUUUUUUUUUAAUUGUAUUUACAUUGUGUUGUGCCAAGCUGACGUAAUUUCGGACAAGGGUAAAACUAUAUGGCAAGGACAACUUCCUAGCGGGACCUUACAAACAAAUAUAUGUCUGUCAAUUAUUAAGUGUAUAGCAAUUCCAAAAUAAUCUUUUUUUAAAAGCUACACAUGUAUUACAAUGUAUUAGAAUGCCUUACUUUUUGGGGCAAUGUUGGGACAGAUCAAGAAAAAACAUAUACAUGUAGUCCUUAAAAAUACUGAAGUCAAGCUAUCAGGAUACUUCAUGUUGAUAACAUAAGAACUUGAAGAAAUUUUUGUCAAAAUGUCUGUCUUUCUUUUAUGAUUGCACAUGUCCUUUGUGUGAAAAAAUAUGUGUAUAGAUUUAUCUUUUGUGAACUGUACAUGUGAAUAAGUCUUUUUUAUAACAGUAAGACGUGUAUUCCUAAUCAGAGUCAAAAUUUGCAUGAUGGUGUUGAUUAAAGCCAAACAUACAUGUAAUUAAGUUAAUGGAGUUUUUAACUUUCUUAUAUGGAAGCUGCCUGAAACUUAAUCUUGCUUUAUAAACGAACAUGAAAAUACAUAUUAUUUUUGUAUACAUUGUAUGUAUUUCACCAUAGUAAAAUCAACAUCAAGUAUAGAGAAAAUUUGCAUUCUAUAUUGAAAGAAUAGAUUUUGUUUGACAAUACAGUGUAUUUGAAGAAAUAAAAAUUCACAGGCAGCUAUUAUAUCCCAGAUAUAAGUCAGUUUGAAAGUGUAAGUGAGAAUAUCAAAUUUAUAUCAAAAUUUUAGCUUGCGUACAAAACAAUGUAUCUUUAUGUCAUUCGUUGUUUAUGUGAUGCUUAAUAACUGAUUACCAGUACUACAUUUUGUAACUUUGGUCCAUAUGAAGUAAAUAGAAAUAUGAAAAAAUGUAUGUCUGAUUGCAGUGGCUCAUAUAUUUUUUGGAACCCUAGAGACAUAUACAUAACAUUGCAACCAUGAUUGUUGGGUCUUGCUUAAAUCAUUGUGUCAUUCUGUAUGCUUAUUUGCCAUGCUAGUUGUU